AUGGACAUUGAAUUUGGUAGUCCGUUGAAGCCAAGUAAAUCGGAGGAUUUAGAGAGGGCUGCAAAACAACCGGAAGAUGUAAAGAACGAGUUCCAUGCGCCAGUGAAAAGUUUUCCUGACUUAAAGAAUAUAGCAGCUGAAGCAGAUGCUGCUAUGGUUGCUGAUCUAAAGAAAAAGCUCAAAGGGAAGACCAAGAAAUUGAAACAUAAAGAUAAGGAUAGAGCGAAGCGAAUAGACCAGCCAACGCUGAGUACUGCUACUUCCUACUCAACAAUACAUGGGUUUUCAAACAGAAGAGGUAACAUGGAGGAUCAGACUUCCAGUCAUCGUAGCGGUAGUCCACCAUUUUUUAAUAACUCAUUAAGUAGUCGCGGAGAUUUACAAUCUAGACAAUCGCAUAAGCCGGAUUCAAAAUGGACAGAGAUAGAUAUGUUGGAUGAUGUUAGAAGAAUGGCCAAAGAUAAAUUCUUUGAGGGUGGUUUCCCUGAGGAAUUUGAAGAAAAUCUAACUAAGAAUAGGAUGUCCCAAGCGAAACUGUUUCAAAUCAUGAGAGAUCGUAAUGAAAAACUCGCCAAGACUAAGAGAAGGACAAUACGUGCAUCCCAUGUAGAUACUAGAAGUCAGUCACAUGUGGAGGAUGAGGGUAUGGAACCGUUCGAUCAAGAUGAGCUGGAAAGUACCAAGCAGGAAGAGAAGGCGUAUGUCAAAGAGAUAAUUGAUACUAUUAGUAGUUUAAGAUAG